AGAUAUGGCACCCAAAGUAUGUGUACCUAUGGAUUUUGGAAGGCACCUGAUAGGAUCCCCAACUCACAGCAACCUAAAACUGUACACAAGUGAGGGAGGUGAGGUACGAGCCAGUUCAGUGAUCCUAUCCUUUAACAGUCCAGUAAUAGAUCACAUGACCACUACCCUUCACAUGACCAGUGUGGACAUGUUAGAGUUCAGUGAAGCUGCUGUUCAGCUGUUUGUUGAUGCUGCAUACUCUGGAACUCCAGAGGGAAUCAGCCGGGAAGUAUUCCAGGACAUCAACAAGAUAGCUAAUGUGUUUGAGGUUACUUGGCUAGUUGGGAAGUGUGCAGAGUAUUUUACUGAAGUUGCUGAAUCAGUUAAAAUACCAUCCUAUACUGAACUACUCUUCUUAUUUGAAGAAGCAGCUUUUGUAUUUGAGAACCUCAAGAACAAAGAUUUCCUGAAAAUCAGCAUCAGCAAGAUAGAAAAGUUGAACUGUAAACAGGAGUUUAUAGAAAAGUAUUUGGAGAAUGCAGACAGACUGUCUACACAGAAGCUAGACAUGGUGAUAGAGCUAGCUGGUUGUGAAGUAGAGUGUGUGGUACAAACUGUGAGUAACCAGCUGUUAGAAGUGUUGAAAGUUCAGGGCUCAAUUAAUAUUCCUGUAUCUUGUGAGUAUCUGCUGGAUAAUUUGAACCUCUCUCUUUGCUUUACUUCAAACAGAGUUUUGUUUGAUCAGCUGUUUGCAACUUUAGAAGGACUUCCUGAUGAGAAAAUAAGAUGGUGUUUCAAGCUACUUUCAAAGUCAAACAAGAUAAGUUCUUUAGAUGACUGUACAGCUACAACAAGUGCAGUAAGAUCGACCACUGUGGUGUCCAGAUGUAACACUAUACCUAACAUUUACCAUGAUCUGGAUUUUAACUUAUCAUUUGAGGAGCUUCUAGAGUGGAUAUCUGUUUCAGAGGAUGUUACUAGUUUGAUGAUGGCAAUAGAAGCUGUGUAUACAUGGUGCUGGUACAGGAACAGGUAUCAGAUAAGGUAUAAAAUUAACGUGACUUAUAUAUUACUCACUAAAUUAGUAGACAUAGCUGGCAGACGAGGGUGGUCACUUUUACCAUCAGAAUUAAGUACGUACAUACAAUAAGUUUAUAUGGUUCGCUGUUAAACUUGGGACAGCUUGUCUCAGCUCAAGAAAAGAAGAAUAAUCAUGUUGUCAUUAAUUGUGUAGACACGUGUAAACAGCCGCUUAUCUUCCUGUCCAAAGAAGCAAAACUAAAGUUCCUCUUCAAACACCCCUCAGUUACUUCGUGUAAUCUACCUGGUAAAUGUGGGUUUAUUCUGAAAACUGUCCCUAGUGAAGCUGCAUUGUGGACCUUGAGACUGUGUACUGAGAAGGAAGAUUAUAAUAAUGAGUCAGUUCACUUUCAUGAUGAGGUUCAGGCGGACAAUAUGCACCUUUAUUUCUGUGUGAUAUAUUCUAGUGGUACUUAUGUGUAUCCAAUAUCUUGGUUAGGUUGGCUUUAUUCGAAAGAUGCAGUCGUCAAGAGAAACGAAUGGAAGUCUGAAUAUGCUAAAUAUUAUGGGUUGAGCGAUAAAAAUAUAUUUAAAGUGUUGUAUAAGAUGUGAUACUCUCAUUAAAUUAUCAUAAUUAAUUUUGACUUGAUUGUUGUAAAUGCGAUUCACAGUGGCUGUGGAUAAAUUUAUAAUUAUAAUUAAUAUUUAAUGCAUUAAAUCUUACUUUCAAUGUGAUAUAUUUUCUUUGAUUUUAAGAUCUCCGUGAUUCUCAUUAUGUUACUGAACAUUUGUAGUAUAAUUUUUACAAAAGUGCAUGUUGAUUAAUUUGUUGGCAGAUAGUGUUCGUAUCGUAUGAGCACUGUUAAAUGAAAUGUUAAAAGUUCUAUUAAUUUAAAACUGUUUAAGUAAGUAACUUAAG